AUGGGCAGCUUCCGUGAGUUCAGAUGGGAGCAGGUUCGUGCAGAAAUCCGACUUCAGUCUGCGGUUUGGCCUGAAAGCACGUACCGCAGCAACCCGCUUGGCCAGGAGGACGUUUCGUAUGUUACGAUUGAUGAACCGGCCAGUGCAGAGAAGCUUGUCAUUGCAGCAGCCCGAUCUUCGUCAAGGAAGAAAGAAGACGUGGAGACCUUUGCCAAGGCAAACCUGCAACAUCACUUGAAGGACCGUGCUUCAACGUUGAAUGAUUUCGCAAUGUCGGAGGAAGGCGUCGAGAGCGUACACCAAAACGAGUUGCAGUCGAAGCCAAAUUCAUGUCCACAAGGGAGGCUCCACGUAGUGGGCACAAGAGAUUGCACAUCGACUUGCACUUCUCCGACCACUGCAUCGACACACACAGAAGCACGGCAAGGAGCUGCAGUCUCGGCUUUGUCACCGAGAGAAUCACCAGAACUUCCCGAGGCCUUCCCAGCCCGUCGUGAGAGAAUCCAUGAGCUGCAGCGGUCCAUUUUGGACCAUGACGAGGAGCGGCUGGCAAAGGUGGCUCUAGGAACUUUCCCGCUUCUCGGAGCCCGAAACCAACCAGUUCUCCCAGUUCCUCCUUUAACUGAGAGUUUGAGGAUGUCCUUGCCACAGCGCCUGCGUUUCGCCACGGCCAACAAAAUUGCGAAGGGCUCUAAGAGGUAUGAGCUGCUGGAAAGCCAAGUUCGGGCUAACGAGGCGAGCGAUGUACCACUGCGACAUGCAGCAACAGAUGCCUUGGAAAGCGUUGGUUCCUUCGAUGCCGUUAUGCCUCAGGGGCCAGGACGGAUUUUUCCUAAACCGCCCUAUGUGCUGAAACGGCCAUGCCACACUGUGCAGGACAUCUUGAGCAAGGCUAAUGAGCUUCUCACAAACAACGCUGCUGAGGAUCGGUGGCUCCCGCUGGCAUGGCGCAUGACUUCGGCCGCGUACUUCGCUGAGCCUGCAGAUGUCCUCCACAUCACACGCCUUUUGGCCCAGUUGGCACGCAAAAAGCACGGCUUCACUGCUACUACGAAGACGGAUCUUUAUCAGAUGGCCAACUCGACGCUUCACUCAUUGACUCAUCGCCUGCGGGAUCUUAGCGUCGAGCUGAUCACAGAGAUUUGCGAAACGAUGGGCAACAUGAGGCUUGGAAGCCAGUCCUUCCUGGACUCGUUGCUAGCGCAGCUGCGAGUUCUGCACCACCAAGAUCCAGAGGUGCUCAGUGAGAGGCACUCACUCCGCCUGUGCCAUGCAUUGUCGCGGAUGCAAGGUGUGCCCCAACGACUUGGCAAGGCAGGUGGUCGCUCCGGUGCUGAACGCAGGGAUGCACUAGGUACCUGUGGCGAUACGCACCACUCCACUGCCAGCACCCGGCGCCACCCGGUUCCCUCUCCAAAUUCCCGGCCUUUGCUCAGUGGUCUUGGCACCCGGCGAACAGGAGCCGUGGAUGUGAGCGGCUUGCAUCAACCUGCGGUUUUGCAGAAUCAGGACAUCUUGGCGAUCUUGCAGCAGAGGGCCGCGAAAGACUGA